AUGUUUCUUUGCCGGGUUUGCCGGCUUGUUUGCAUUGGCUUAUCGUCUCUCCACUUUGCUUGUGCGAGUUUGCCCAGUGCGGAAGUGGAAGCUUUGCGCGAGAUCUUUCAAGUAGCCAAGCUCCCUUGGGACGAGGGAAACGAUCCAUGCGCGCUUCGUCAAGUGAGGUGCCACGACAACCGCACUGUCAACACUUUAUUUUUCUCUCAGCUGAAUAUCACUUCACUCCCCGAGUCCAUUGGACAGCUGAGAUCUCUGGAGUGGCUGAUUUUGAGCCACAACCAGUUGACUGAAAUACCUGAUGAUAUCGCGGAGUUGCAAUCUUUGAUCAUGCUGGAUUUGAAUGUCAAUCAGCUAACUUCAUUGCCGGAUUGUGUGGGUCAACUCCGGUCACUUCAGUACCUUUUGGUCGAUGGAAACCGAUUGGAUGCUCUUCCAGAGUCGAUUGGACAGCUGUCAUUCUUAAUUCAGCUCAGUUUGAAUAGAAACUUCUUGGCCAAGCUCCCUGAUUCCAUCGGGCAGCUAAGAUUGUGCCAAAGCAUCUACUUAAACUCCAAUCAUGUAGCUGUCCUGCCAGAGUCCAUCGGCCAAUUGCGCAACUUGUCCUAUCUGGACCUUGGGUCCAAUAAUUUUGCCGAACUUCCGGAGCAACUCAAAAUGUUGCAAUCCCUUGUGCACCUCAUCAUAGAGAACAACCAGCUGAAAUCAUUGCCUGAGUGGAUUGGAGGCUUGAAAUCGCUUGAGAGAUUGAAGGUAGACUUCAAUCAGCUGACUUCAUUGCCUGAGUCCUUUUCACAGUUGCAGCGUCUCAACCGCUUGUACAUGCACAGCAACCAGCUGACUUCAAUUCCUGCCUCAAUAGGGAACCUGAAAUACUUGUCAGUGUUGAGUUUGGAUUCCAACCGUUUGAACUCAUUGCCCGAGUCGCUAGGAAGCUCGAACAUACAAACUUUGAGCCUCGAUUCCAAUCGUUUGACCUCGCUGCCACAUCUCAGCUUGAAAAAUCUGGUUGAACUGAGAAUCGCCAACAAUCGUCUAACAACUCUGCCAGACUUUGAGGGCAUGAGGUCGUUGCGUGUUCUUUCGUUGCACGGUAACUUUUUGGAGCGACUUUCCUAUGGGAAUUUGACAAGCUUAAAAGUUGCUUUGCUCCAUUCCAAUCGAAUAAGUGAUCCUGCAGAGAUUUGCAGACUUGGUCUUGGGAAUAGCUUGAGAACACUCUACAUACACCACAACUCUCUAGGCAAAAUACCUCCUUGUUUAAGUGGGCUCACUUCUUUGGAAGUUCUGACCCUGCACCGCAACUCCAUAAACGAAGAGGUGCCCAGAACACUUGCGGAACUUCCAAAUUUGAAUGUCCUUACCCUCCAUGGAAACCGACUCUAUGGCAGCCUUCCUCGAGAACUUGCAAAUGCACCCAAGUUGGCAUUCUUUUCGGCACACUCGAAUGGCUUGGUGGGACCAAUUCCGCCCUUCAAGUUGGAGAAAGAUUGCGUUGACGAUGAUGCUUUUGUGAAGGGCCGUCAGACCUGUAGCUCGAUCAGUCCGUGGCCUUGGGCCUCGGAUUGCAACCAUUCAGACUUCGAAUUUCAUUGUCCAAAGGCAUGCCAGAUGUGCAGUACUGCCAGUGCACGGGGUCCUGUGCUGUUGCUGCACGACAAUCGGCUUGCGUGCAGCUUACCGGAAGAAGUGACCAAAUGGCCGGAUGAUAUGCGUUCGAUCACAUUGGUUGGCAACAUGCUGGGGAAUGGAAGCCAUGCAUUGCCGCAGUGGAUACACACUGAUGAACAUCAACCUUUUCUCUACCUAUCGGACAACAAGUCCAAUGAAAUCUUGAAAAGGACGCUGUUGUUGGCAUCAAUGUUUGCGCUGUUCUGUGUGCUUCUUUUGGGAAGCAGUGGGCAUCGCAGAAUUUUCACUUCGAAAGCAGGCUCAGAGCUGACUCAUCGAAUACACGUGUUUCUCUUUCAGAUGGGUGUUCCUCUGUCAAUUCUGGCCGUAAUUCUGUUUGCCUUUUACUUUGCAGAUGCAAGAUACUAUGCUUGUAGUAGCGGCUUUUCAUCCUCUACGCUGAGCAACUUUUCGAUCCCUCACCAUGGCUAUGCAUUGGUGGAAUGGUCUGUGGCAAUGCUAUGGACUUGUUGGGUUGUAGUUGGCGCAUUCUUUUUGCGACACGCUCCCACUCCCACUGCGUCCGGGGGAGAAGAGACAGCAACAUCCUGCUUGGGUUUCGUUCUGAAAGUGAUCUACAGUUGCUGUUGGUUGUGCAUUGUGGCCCUAUUAUCUUUCCCCUCCGUGGCAUAUGCAGUGGUGAGCGCCAUCCCUUUCAACAAUACCCUGAAGCUGUCGGCUUGGUGGUUGAAGUUUUUUCAUUACCAAGCUGCUUUGGUCAUGGUCCUGGUGGACAUGUUUAUCACACCCAAACUGGUGGCAUUUUUUUCAGAUGCCACUGGCAUGCGCAGAUCGAUGUUGUUGAUGGCUGCGCGUUUGGGGACAAUGUGGUUGGCUGCGGUGCUGAGCACAUUCUAUUUGACCACUCACUGCAUGAACGGCUGGACCCAUUUGUGGAAAGUUUGCGAUGAAAGCACAGAAGACUACAAGCUCUUCAACAUCAGUCUGGGUGACAACACGAUUCUUGAGCCCAAAGCGGGCCUGUGCUCAGCAAAGGAGUCUUGGUGGAGUGACAGUGCAUGUCCACGUGCCGUGAUCAAUACCAUGGCACCUUUGUUGGUGUCGAAGAUGGUCACCCGUGCCUUCCUACAGCCCAUCAUCACCUUGCUUAGGUGGCAAAUGUCGUAUCGGGAAGCAGGACAACUCUACAUGUGGCGCCAUCUGAUUUGUACAAGUCGAUCCCUGGAAGAUGGCCAGCAAGCAAGUUUGCUGGUGACUUGGGCUGAAGUAGCUUUGCUUUGGGGAGCCUUGGUGCCUGUUCUGCUGCCAGCGGUGCUCAUUGCAACAGGCACAAACAUGUUGAUGUGCAAAGUAGGACACAGCCACUUUGGCGUGGAACACUUGAUGUUGGACAAGACAUCAGCUGGAGUGUCACGCAGGUAUUUGCACGGCAGUUUGAGUGUUUUGAUCUUCUUUCAGAACUGGUUCGCAUGGUCCAGUGGCAUGCAUGGCCGGUGGUUGCUCCUACUUGCUGCUCUGAUCUACGCCCUUGAGCUGGUCGGCUUUGUCGGAUUACCUCUUCAAAAACGCACUAGGGUAGCCAUUCUAGAUGACCCUCCAGAUCCUCCGACCGAGAUAUGA